AUGAAGACAGCGAAGAAGGACUUGCGUAGGGGUGUAUUGAGGAGGUUGAAUGGAUUAUCAGACGCGGCGAUUCAGGAUCAGUCCCACGCCGUAAAACAGCACAUAUGCAGAUCGGAUAUAUACAAGCAUUCCACUCGUAUCAGCCUCUACCUGAGUAUGCCUCUGGGUGAGUUGAGGACUGAUGAAUUAGCCAGGCAGAUUAUAAGCGAUGGCAAGCAGUUGUUUGUGCCAAUAACACGGACACAGGGGCAACCCCCGAGAAACACCCACUCUCCCACCAACGCACACAAGACCAUGUCCAUGCUCAACAUACCCUCCAUCGACCACCUCGAGACGCUAAACAGGAACAAGUGGGGCAUCCCUGAACCUGAUUUGGCACAAGCACACACGCUCCACGAUGCACUCUCACCGACUUCACCAGGACUAGACCUCAUCCUCACACCCGCUGUCGCAUUCGAUGGCUCUUUCAACAGACUGGGCCAUGGCAUGGGCUUCUACGAUGGCUAUAUCAAGGCUGCAACGAGGCAUGCUGACGGUUUCGCUCUUCAUCCUCCAACUAUCCUCGGUCUCGCACUCGUCGAGCAGAUUUUGCACGAUAUCACCCUACCUACCGACACGCACGAUGAGCAAAUGGAUGCUAUUGUCACGUCUGAGGGGUUUAAGUGGAGUGUUAAGUAA